UCCAUUUUGGUCGCGAUGCCGAGCAUUAAAAAUUAAUUUUUUACCCGUUUUAAAGUGUUUUCUAGUCAAAAAACAUCAAAUACUUCCCCAAACAUGACUGAUCUUUGUACGAAUUGUCGCAGUAGGCUCUCACGAGACACAGAUCUCUCCAAAAAUUACACAGACGCACGCUUGGAGUCCGACAUGCAAAGUAUGAUGCUCCGCAUGGACCAAAUGCAAGAAAUGAUGACAAAAUUGAUGACUUUUCUACCAAAUUUACUUCCCGCCGCAUCAGAAAUGCCCCUUUUUGAGCCUCCCAUGACGCCAGCUCCCAGCCAAAAGUCGUCGUCGUCAUCUUCGGAGCUCGACGAUGCGGAAACUUACAUCGCGGAAGACUUACGACUCGCAUCGAGUCCCGUAAAGACGCCGUUGAAACGUCUUCCGAGCGUCAUUUUGGAACAACCGAUCGACUCGGAGACAAUUUCCUUCAUCAGUGCAUCGUGCGAAAAUAGUCAAGACACGGGAUGCAGCGACGACAUGUUUCACGAGUCGUUUUUGGAGGUUGCAAUGAAACAAAUUGUCGGAGAUGCGGAAUCGGAACUCGAUAUCUUGAGUAGUAUUGAUAAUGUGUAUCAAAUUGAGAGCUUGGACCAAACUUUUCCGAUCAUGCAUCAGGAGGAACUCGACGCGAUGGAGGAGCAAAUGUUGAAAAAUGACGCGUAUCGCGAAACGUUGAUGAAAGAACUGAAACUCGUGCGGAUUUCGAUGGGAGUGAAUUGCGAUUUUGCGGAUAUUUUGGAGAAACUCGUGGAUCGGGAGUUGUUGCAUUUUUAUAAUUGGUACGGAAAUCAGGGGAAGAAGAGUUUGCAGAGAUACAAGAUUUUUCAUCAAUUACUGAGGGAAGUGACAAUUCCGCCGAACGGCAAGAGCUUUGACGAUGUCAUGCAUCGCGCCUUGACUGUGAGCCAUCGGAGGAAAAACAAUCAAGUUUAUAGGAAAAAGAGAAAAAUUGACGCAAUUUUUCAUCGUUUUCUGUAGCAAAGUUAGGUUAAAAACUUAGAAACCCAAAACCAAAGAAUAGUCUUAACGAAACUGACCUAGUCUGUCUUUCACAAUUUGUGUCUGAGCGUGU